UGACAGUCAGGCACACAGUGCGCACGGCUGUCGGAGGCACCAAAACAUCUGGAGAACUCAGACUGACAUAAAAACUCUCAUCAGUGGAUUUUUGGAUUCUCCUGAUCAUCUUUCUGGAAACGGUCCAAGAGGUUUUAAGAAUGCGUCGCACCUCAGCCUGGUAUGGCUGGACGCUGUGUCUGUGCGCAUCUUUGGCCGCGAGCGCGCAGGACUACCCCGAGGACGAUGAGAUACAUGUGGAUCUGAUCUGUGAGAACGGGACUCAACCUGAAACCGGAGCCGAACCCGCUGCCGAGUUCCUCAAGUGCAACAAGGCAGCGUGGCGCAUGCCUGGUCAGUACCUGGUCAUACUGCGUCAGGGAACUCACGACUCUCACGUGCAGAGGACCAUCAAAAGACUGAAAGCCAAAGUAGCCAGGAGAGGUUACCUGCUGGAGAUCCUGCAGACGUACUCUGGAGCUCUGCACGGCUUCCUGGUGAAGAUGAGUGGUGACGUCCUUCACCUGGCGCUGAAGCUCCCUCAGGUCCACUACAUAGAGGAGGACUCGUCCAUCUUUGCUCAGAGCGCCCCCUGGAACCUCCAGAGGUUACUGCAGCCUCGUGGUGGCACUUCUGAAAAUGGAACAUACAAGCCACCCAAUGAUGGAGGGAGGGCGGAGGUGUAUCUGAUGGAUGGCAAUGUCCAGAGUUCUCACAGAGAGGUCGAAGGACGAGUGUUCAUCACAGACUUCAACAAUGUCCCUGAGGAGGACGGAGUCAGAGUUCACAGACAGGCCAGUCAGUGUGACAGUCACGGCACGCACGUGGCGGGGGUGGUGAGUGGGAUGGACUCUGGUGUUGCCCGAGGCGCCAGUGUUAACCUGGUCCGGGUGCUCAACUGUCAGGGGAAAGGGACCGUGUCAGGAGCUCUGGCGGGUAUGGAAUAUAUCCGAGCCAAUCUACUGGCCAACCCAGUGGGUGCUGUGAUUGUUUUGCUUCCUUUCGUUGGUGGUUUCAGCCGUUCUUUAAACGCAGCCUGUCGGGACAUGGUGGCUAAUGGAGCUGUGGUUAUCGCUGCUGCAGGGAACUACAGAGACGACGCCUGCCUCUACUCACCUGCUUCAGAGCCGGAGAUCAUCACAGUUGGGGCUGUUAACUCAGCGGACCAGCUCAUGUCGCAGGGAGCGGGUGGCACCAACUUUGGACGCUGUGUUGAUCUGUUUGCACCUGGCGAUGACAUCAUCAGUGCGAGCAGUGACUGCAGCACCUGUUUCACCUCUCGGAGUGGAACCUCGCAGGCUGCUGCACAUGCAGCUGGUAUAGCAGCAGUAAUCCUGUCGUCCAAUCAAAAGGCUUCGCCGGUGCAAGUCCUGCAGACGAUGCUGCGUCACUCCAUCAGCAACACAAUCAACUUCCUCUCUCUGUCUGACACUCAUCGUCUCAUCACUCCAAACCUGGUAGCAGCCAUGCCUCCUGCAAACAACACAAAUGGGGAGCUUCUGUGUCGCUCAGCGUGGUCAGAGAGGUCAGGCGUUUCGAGAGCUGACAGGGCCAUCAGUCGCUGUCGUCUGGGGGAGGAGAUGAUGAGCUGCAGGAGCUAUUCUCCUGACGGCGUCCACAUGGGAGAAACCAUCACUGAGGACAGAGGGCAGAUAGAGUGUGUUGCUUUUAACGCUCCAGGGGGUAAAGGGGUGUAUGCUGUGGCCCGUUGCUGUGUGAUAAGCGGUCUGCAAUGUAAGGUCCAUGCUGGUCCUGAACCUGGACGAGAUGCUGAGUGUGUCGGCCUGCAGCACCACCUGACCGGCUGCACAUUUUGGUCCACCACUAAGAUCUCAUUUGGCUCCCGUCCACAUCACGGUGAUCGUAAGCGUUGUGUUGCUAAAGACGGGGUGACAUCACAUGCCGUGUGCUGCCAUGCGCCGUCUCUAGAGUGCCACCUGCUGGAAAACAUAUCAGCAGAUAAACAUCAGGUCGAAGUGUCCUGUCCCUCCGGCUGGACUCUGACAGACUGUAGCAUCGUCUCUCAGGGCUCUGCUAUCUUUGGGCCAGUUGCUAAGGGCAACAGUUGCCGUAUACGCAGUGCCACAGGAGCCGAGGGGGCAGCUGGCAUUGCUGUUUGCUGUCGCGUCAGACCACCAGAGCAGCACGCCACAGCUCCACACUGAUCCGGUCUCGCACCACUUUGAUGUCCAACACCUUGAAAACAGCUUUGAUAUUCCUCUGAUGUGUCAUCUUUGUCUUUUAUCAGUGACUGUGAGCACUUCUGUAACAAUGUUUGUGUUUCUGUUGUAGGAUGAGGUCAAAAUGUGCUCAAAUGUUGUAUUAAGGCCUCAAAUGUACAUGUUUCCUCAUGUAGUACUGUGUUGUUAGCUAU